UGUCUGGACGCUCUUUGUGUUGAAUGUGAUCAGACAGCGAAACGAAGCACACAGACCGUUGUCAGGUGCCCGGAAUCACACCAACGCCGAUCACAUCGCAACCACCGGCUUUUCUACAGCCUUUGACAUCCAUAUCACCACCUUAAAUCUUUAAUCAGUGUCUUCAUUAUGAUGGCACAUCUGGUGGGCGUGUCUUUGGUGUGAUUGACAGCUUGCGCUAAAAGGAAUGGACUACAGUGAGGGAAGGAAAGAGUAGACCACGCCCCUCAAACAUCAUGAAGCUCAACUCAUCCUGAAUCGCACACACUGCACACAAUCACACAAACGAACUUCCUCGCCAUGGGCUCCGUGUACCUGUGGAAGUUGUCCUCCCAAAAGCUGGGAUUCUUCCUGGUGAGUUUCGGCUUCAUUUGGGGGAUGAUGCUGCUUCAUUUCACCAUCCAGCAGAGGGUGACGCAUGAAAGCAGCACACAACUACGUAUGCAAAUAUUGGACCUCAGCAAGCGAUAUAUCAAAGCUCUCGCCGAGGAGAACCAAAGCGUGAUGGACGGACCUUACGUAGGCACCAUGACGGCAUACGACCUGAAGAAGACUCUAGCUGUUCUUCUGGAUAAUAUAAUGCAGAGAUUAUCAAAGCUGGAGUCUAAAGUGGACAAUAUCAUGUACAACGGCACCAGUACCAACCUGACCAACGGAACCGGGACCCCUGGACCGAACCCCGUCAACACAGAGAAAGUCAACGUGGCAGACUUGCUGAAUGGAGCACAGGAGAAAUGUGAGCUACCCUUGCUUGACGGGUUUCCACAUUGUGAAGGGAAGUUGAAGUGGAUGAAGGACAUGUGGCGUUCGGACCCCUGCUACGGCAACUACGGAGUGGACGGAUCCACCUGUUCCUCCUUCAUUUAUCUGAGUGAGGUUGAAAACUGGUGCCCUCGCCUGCCAUGGAGGAUCAAGAAUAAUGCUGACGAAGCUGACAGGAAAACACAGACGGAGAUCCGCACGAGUUUCGACGAGCUGUAUCGCGUGAUGUCAUGGCGCGAGGAGUUUCGUUGGAUGAUGCUGCGGAUCAAGCGCAUGGAGGAGCCAUGGGUCGGCGCCAUCCGCUCCCUCGCCACCAAACAGAACCUCCACAACCACAAGCGCAAAAAGAUCCUGGUGCACCUGGGUCUGCUGACGAAGGAGUCUGGUUUUAAGAUAGCAGAGAACGCGUUCAGCGGCGGUCCUCUGGGCGAGCUGGUUCAGUGGAGUGACCUGAUCACCACGCUGUAUCUGCUCGGACACGACAUCCGCAUCUCAGCGUCUCUCGCCGAGCUCAAGGAGAUCAUGAAGAAGGUCAUGGGCAACAAGUCCAGCUGCCCUACAAAGGGUGAUAAAAUUGUGGAGCUCAUCUACAUAGACAUCGUGGGUCUGGCUCAGUUCAAGAAGACUCUGGGCCCAUCCUGGGUCCAUUAUCAGUGCAUGCUGAGGGUCCUAGACUCGUUCGGGACGGAGCCGGAGUUUAACCACGCCCACUACACCCAGUCGAAAGGGCACAAAACUCCGUGGGGCAAGUGGAACCUGAACCCCCAGCAGUUCAACACCAUGUUUCCUCACACUCCAGAUAACAGCUUCCUGGGCUUCGUGGUGGAGCAGCACCUGAACGCCAGCGACGUCAAGCACAUCGAUGACAUCAAGCGGCAAAACCAGUCACUGGUUUACGGCAAGGUGGACAACUUCUGGAAAGAUAAAAAGAAAUACUUGGACGUCAUUCAUUCGUACAUGGAAGUGCACGGCACGGUCCACGGCACGAGUACAGUCCACCUGCCGGCCUACGUGAAGAACCACGGCAUCCUGAGCGGACGCGACCUCCAGUUCCUCCUGCGCGAAACCAAGCUUUUUGUGGGACUGUCCUUCCCGUACGAGGGCCCCGCCCCUCUGGAGGCCAUAGCCAAUGGCUGCGCUUUCCUCAACCCAAGGUUCGACCCGCCUAAAAGCAGCAAAAACACCAAUUUCUUCAAAGGCAAACCCACACUCAGAGAGCUGACCUCCCAGCACCCUUACGCUGAGGUUUACAUCGGACGGCCGCACGUCUGGACCGUCAACAUCGAUGAUCCCGCAGAGGUGGAGAACGCCAUUAAAGCCAUCCUCAGUCAGAAGAUGGAGCCGUAUCUGCCGUAUGAGUUCACCUGUGAGGGGAUGUUACAGCGCGUCCACGCUUUCAUCGAGAACCAGGAUUUCUGUCACGGUCAGGUGAUGUGGCCUCCUCUCAGCGCCAUGCAGGUCAAGUUGGCUCCGGCAGGUAAAUCCUGCAAGCAGGUGUGUCAGGAGGAGCAGCUGAUCUGUGAACCCUCCUUCUUCCAGCAUCUCAAUAAAGACAAGGAUCUGUUCAGGUAUGGUGUGGAGUGUAAGACGGUGGAGUCUGCCAGCGAUAUCGUCGUCCCCGCCUUCAGCGAAUUGGCGCGGCAUUGCGUGUUCCAGUCGGACCUGCUGCUGUUCAGCUGCGCCGGGGCCCAUCAGUCCCUCACGCGCAUCUGUCCCUGCAGAGACUACAUGAAAGGACAGGUGGCGCUGUGCAAGGACUGCUUAUAACACGCACACUUCGGCAACUCUAUACGACUAACUGGACAGGACCGAACUGUUACAUAGCGCAAUGCAGACAGUGCCAGUGUUGUAAAGUGCGGUGAUGCGAUUAAAGAAUUCAGAGUAAUCCAACUCUUGUUUUAUUCCCAUAAACUCACGAAAAAACGAAACGAAAACGCUGGAGUGUGGCAGCUCUCCGAAAAAAAAACACAGAAGGAUGGAAAGAGAAGAAACUGAUUUAUUUUUGCUGGAUUUUUUUGUUUUUGCACGAACUUGAACUAGUUUCAGGCUGACAUACUUGAAGCGGAUUGCAGGGAAUCAGAACUGCACACUGCCCCCUGCUGGCGUGGAGGAAACACUGUAGUGACAUUUAUUACCGUAGUUCUUCAUUCUACUGUUUUUUUUUUCUUCGUCCAAUUUUUCUUCUCUCUCUGAAGGUGACUUUUAUCAUUGGACCAAGUCUGACGACUGACUCUGAAAAGCAUCUUUGACCAUUUUGAAGACUCUUACCGAGUGCGUGUUUAUUUGUGUGUGCGAGAGCACUUGUUGUUGGGGAAACAAACUUUGCGAAGACAUUUCCCCACUUUUACACUGAAACUGGACUUUCCACUACUGGCUCCAUGAAAUGACGCGUUCACAUGUAAAUAACAGACGCUGAAACGUAAACACGCGGUCUGCUUUAUUCUGCAUGGUAGUUUAUUUCCAACAGUUUAAUACCAGCAGAUGCUAACACUGGGAAUUUUCGGUGUUGGUCACGAUCCACAUUAAAUAUCGCAGUACCGCACCAGUCAACUGCCAGGUGUGAUGUUUUAGUGAAAUACACACGUCGCAAACCAGCCAGUAUGAACUAGAACGCAAACCAACUGACCAAACUAACCGUUAAACUAGUAGACUGAAUUCAACUAAAUUGGGACACAUUUUACUAUUGCGUUAAUUGGCAAAAGUGGCCAAGUUUACCUGAAUUAACACUAUAUCACGGGUUUCAGAUGCUCUAUAUGUGGAUAAGGUAAAUACCAAUACGAUCACAGAUAUUUCUGUAAAAGUUUAUCUUUAUUUGUAUAAAAAAAGAAAGAUAUAUCGGUAUAAAAACAAAGUGUACAUUACUAGGAUAAAAUACUUUUUUCUUUUUAUAUUUUGUGUUAAAAACACAAAUUGGCCUUGGUUUUUGUUUCGUUUUUAUUUUCUUGAAUUUGCCUGCCGAUUAUCGAAAAACGUCAAAAUUAUUAGAGUUACUUGUGUUUUGGAAUGAAAAUGCACUAUAGCGAAGAUUUGACACCAGAUAUUAUGACACUGUACAAUUGUUUUAAAGUUUGUUUUUAAUUUAUUUUGUAUACAGAUCUUUAUCUCUGCCUGUUGAUUUUUAUGUGACUAUUUAUAGAAGAGAAAAUUCUUUAUAGAGGGAAAUAUUAUUUAUCAGACUAAUUUAAGUAUAAGCGCACAUGCUUGUCCAGAGUACUGUCUGAAAAAAACUAUUUGCGGCGGAACUAAAUAUACAGUACAUUUAGAUUUAUUAUUAAU